AUGGCGACCGAGACUCCGGUCAGAGUACAACGGCGAUCAUCGCCAGCCGUCAAGAGCUCCGCCCUCAAGGGCAUCUUGAGGUCCGGCCCGGCGAAGCUGAGCCACCGCCCGCGCGAAGGCGACGGCGAGGCUGCGAACCCUUCUCCAGAGAGCCCGACCAAGCGCCGCAAGACCGUCGUCUUCGAUAUGGAGUCUAACACAGUACAGAGCAUCACGUUCCAGACGCCAGACGAGGUCAAGAGAAAGGCGGAAAGCGCCAAGCAGGUGGUCCUCAAGGCUCUGAAAGAGCACGCUGGGGGAGACCAGGAGGAAUACGAUACCCUGAAAGGAAUCUUCCGCAACGAGCGACGACGGGGAUCCAAUACGCCGACCUCGAGCCAAGCCGAGGACGAUGUCGAGCCGUCAGACCUGAUCCACUACAUCAACGCCCUCAAAGCAUGCGCUCCUCACAUUGGUCGGUCGUGCACCGGCCUGGUUCACGAGGUCCUCAGCAUACCGUGGCUGGGACGGCCCGACGAUUUUGUCACUGCCUACAUUGACUUUCUUGCAAACCUGGUCACCGGCCAGUCCAUAUAUCUCAGCAAUGUCCUUGCCAUGCUCGUCGACAAGUUUCGCCAUUCCAAGUCGUCGCAGUGGGCCGUCAGUGAUUAUCCCGAGGUCAGCUGCCAUAUCAUGCGGCAGCGCCUCCACUGUGCCUUGGGCCAGGUACUGCAGCUCUUCCCGGCCGCGAGACGGGUGCUGCUCUCCCAGAUCAAUAAGGAGUUUCCUUUCUCCGACGACUCGAAGCCCGUCCACAUGGCUUUUGUUCAGAAUCUGCUGCGUCUACGAGAGUAUGCGCCAGACAUGGGACCUGAGAUUAUGGAACUGAUCACGGACCGACUCGUCAAGAUCGAUGUGCAGAUCCAAGUUGACCUCGACGAGGCCGACGACGAGGUGGCGGCCGGCGUGAUCAGUCAGCUCCAAUCCUCUAGGAUGGACGACGCCAAUGAGGACGAUGGCAGCGACGCCGAAAGUGUUGCGAGUGACGAAAGCGACGACGGACACGAGCUGACUGAGAAGAUAUUGAAAGCUGCACAGCAUAUUCAGAAGAUGGACAGCAUCAUGGACACAUUAUUCCGCGUCUAUGAGCCCAUAUUUGCCGACCCGGACUCGGACAGGGCCAGAGAUCUCUUCGACAACAUGCUCUCGGAAUUCGUCAACAUCGUCCUCCCUACAUACUCGAGCCGACAUACACAAUUCCUCAUUUUCCACUUUAGCCAACUGUCAGAGGACUUGACGGAUAGGUUCGCCGGUGUUCUGCUCGAUAUUGCAUUCGGAAAUCAAAACUCCAUGGUCACGAGGCAGAACGCCACUGCAUACCUUGCCAGUUUCGCUGCUCGAGGCAAAAAGGUACCGGCCGAGUCUGUACAGACGAUAUGUACAGUCCUCAUCAAGCAUAUCGAUUCCUACCGACACAGACAUGCAGGGACGGCCCGGCCUGACCUACGAAGAUUCACGCCCUACUACGCUCUCUUCCAGGGCCUGCUCUACAUAUUCUGCUUCCGAUGGCGCGACCUGGUCUUGGAUGCCCCCGACGCCGUCAACCCAGACGACGCUGCCUCCUACCUCGGUCAGGAGCUGGUGUGGAUGCAGGAGCUCGGCCCCCUCCUCACAGCAAACAUCUGGUCCAACUUUAACCCGCUUCGGGUCUGCCACCCCACCAUCGUACACGAAUUUGCCAAGCUGGCCGGCCACCUCGGCUUCAUGUACGUGCACGAUAAGAUCGAGCAGAACCGACGCAUCUACCUGUCUUCGUACGUCUCGUCCAGCGUUGAGGCCCUGCGUGAGACGGCCAGCCACAACCCGUAUGACGAGAGCUGGCUGCAGCUCACCCCGUACUUCCCCUUCGACCCAUACCAGCUCCCCGAGAGCCGCCACUGGGUGGACGACGACUAUAUACCCUACGACUCGUUUCCGGGCUUAGGUGGCGAGGACGAGGACGAGGACGACGACGACGACAGUGAGCCGGACGAGACUAUGGACAUGGAUGAGACGUUUGAGGAGACGUUUGCCGAUGACACCGAGACGGAUGAAGGAAGUAGCAGCUGA